AUGAAUGAGAUUUUGAGCAGGGGUUUGGAAGAUGAGAGACGGUCAGGCCCUACCAGCAGGCGCUCAUCUUUUAUCCUCGUACGACAUUACAUCGGCCGGCUUGCACACCAUAUACGGGCUAUUAAAGAGCUGCUUCGGGAUACCCAGGACCUGAGUCACCUCCUUGAUAACUACGCUGUCUGUAAGAUUUAUGCACCAUCCGCCGUACCUCCACCCAUUCGCGACUCGCAUACCAACCUUCGGGGAAUUCUGAACCGAAUGUUCAAGGACAAUGAUAGUGAAAGAAAAAUGCUCGAGGGUGGUCUUCUCCACUUGGACAAGGUGGUCGGGAUCUUUAAAGAUUUUCUGCGUCCAUAUAAUGGCUCCUUGCUCGAUGUCCAUGCAGAGGUCCAAGUGUUGGAGUACUUCUACAAGAUGCAAAAGUCAUUCGCGGGUGACGAUCGUUUCAUCGCUUGUAGUAAGCCAGCCUGCCUCUGCUGUGAAAUGUACUUGAAAUAUCAUCCAGCCCGUGUGAUGGUGUCUUCUUCUCACCGCAAAAUUUGGACGAAGUGGAAUCCCCCACAUGUGCAACAAUUUGACAACGAAAACCCUGCCGCCUGGCAACAAAAGGAUAUCUUGAUUAAGAUGACGCAAGACCUUCGCGAGCAAGUGAUUACCCAUGUUUUGCAACGCUUACCACCAAACCGUUGGCAUCCAGAUUCAAUCACAAACAUCACGGAUAUCCGGCAAUUUGGCAUCAGCUCUGACUCGCUCGAGGCAUCCGGUGCAGAAAGUCCCGAGACUCCCCCAAGUACGUAUUCACGAAUUCAUCAAAGCAGGUCCAACAGUCCGCCCGACACAGACCGUUCGGAUAAUUUAGAUGCAGAAACGGGAUUUGAUGAAGAUUCUGGCUCGGAAAAUGGGAGAGUCCCUCUUUUUGACAGCACUUGA